UUUAUAACAAAAUUUUUUUUUGUUUUCUUCUUUUUACUGUAUAUUUCUUCAUUUCUGUUCCUUCUUCUUCUUUUUAUUCAUCUUCUUUCUUCUUCUUUAAUUUCUCUUUCCUUUUCCUCCUUUAUAUUAUAUAUUUAAUAUAAAAUGUCUGAAAAAUUGGAACAGGAAAAAAGUUCUCAAAUCAUUUCUUAUGAUGAAAAUGAAAUUCCAGAUCAUGCUAUUGAUGAACAACAUGCUGAACCUACAGAGGAAGAUUGGAAAAACUUACGUCAAGUAGCAGAUCGUAUACCUAUAUCUGCUUAUCUUGUUCUUGUUAUUGAAUUUUGUGAACGUUUUACUUACUAUGGUUUAACUGGUCCAUUCCAGAACUAUAUUCAGAACCCUGCUCCCCCUAGCUGUAAUGUAUAUAUUUGAUAUAUCAAUUUGAAAUAAUAAUUACUAAUAUACGUGUGUAUUAUAUAUGCAUAUUUUUAUAUAUAUAUAGAUCCUGCUGAACAAGCUGGUGCUAUGGGUAGAGGUCAACAAACAGCUACUG